AUGGCGUUAAUAUAUGCAUUAACUUUUGCUUUGGCUGUAUUUCUAUCAGGGAUGCAGGAAGCCCAAUCUCUAACCCGUAGGUCGUGGUCAUCGUGCAACUAUGACGAUUUGAACGUCCUUCUUACCCUCGCACGGGCUCUCGAUGAAACCGAAAACGCAAGAUUGUCAUGCAGAAACAAUAUCGACGUCGAAGAAAUCAUUAUGAAAUUGAUAAACGCUUUAGUGUAUACCACUGUUAGCAACACUAAAAAUGGAAGCGGAGGUGGAAACCGCAGCUCUGACGAAGCCCUUAUCGAUUUAGACUUGCUUAACCCUAACGAUCCCGACAAUAUACUUAAACUAGAUCUUGCGAAACAAAAAUUGCUUGGUCUUGGGUUAGGUAACAAAAAUACAGACUGAAAUAAUAUAAAUGUAUUAGCCAAACAAUGUUACGCGCAAUAGUUUAAUAAUACUUGUAAGGAAUUUCAUGUUUAAACUUUUGUAAUUCUAUCACA